AUGAGAAUAUGCACGGUCUGUGCAUCCAACAACAACAGAUCCAUGGAGUCCCACAAACAGCUUCGAGACGCAGGUUUCGAAGUAAGCUCUUUUGGUACUGGUUCUUCCGUGAAGCUUCCAGGCCCCUCUAUCGACAGGCCAAAUGUCUAUGAGUUUGGAACCCCUUACGAGCAAAUAUACCAGGACUUGAUUUCACAGGAAUACAGGAAAAUGUAUGAGGCCAAUGGGUUGAUCCUGAUGCUAGACAGAAACAGACAAGUUAAAAGAGCCCCCGAGAAGUGGCAUGCCAAUGCUGCAGCAGGUAAGUUCGAUCUUGUGAUAACCUGUGAAGAGAGGUGUUUUGACUCGGUAUUGGAGGAUCUCAUGAUGAGAAUGAACAACAAGUCAGAAGAGGAGGAAGCGAAAGACGUCAGGCAAGUGGUUCACGUCAUUAAUGUGGACAUCAAGGAUGAUAACGAAAAUGCCAAGAUAGGUGGUAAGGGAAUAGUGAAAUUAGUGAAGAUGAUAAACGAAUACAGAGAGAAAGAGAAGCAGCGAAAGGUCGACGAGGGUCAAGAGGACCAGUAUCCUGUGAUCAUGGAAGAUGAAAUAAUGAAAAUUUUGACCGAGUGGCAGCGUGACCAUGUUCAUUUGCCCACGCUCUACAGCGCGUCCUACUACUAA